GUAUUGUAACUUUUCUCCAUCUUCACUCCCAUUCUCAGCCCUAUCCAUUUUACUCGCUCUCUGUUCUUCCUCUCUGAACUUAUCCUCUCUCCUUUUUUUGCAGAGCUUCAAGAUUCCUGUUGAAUGGACCAUUGUCUCUCUUUCCAUAAAUCCUUCCCUCUCAAAUCUUUUCCUUCUUCGAUUCCUAAAUCCAAGCCGCAUCCCUUUUCCUCUUCAGAUUUCUCCAUCAGGUCCAGGUUCAGGUCCAGGACCAAGCCGAACUCCUUGCUCGUUCUUGCAAGUGCUGGAGCUAGUCACUGCGAGUUCGGUAGUUUGAAUACUCCUUUGGACCCGAGGUCGUCGGCCGGGAAACAUCUCAGUAGAGUUUUGCAGAACUAUAGGCAGUUGUUCCAUGUUUCCGUUGAGGAUGAGUUGAAGCGCUUGGCUCAUGAUCGUGAUGCUGCUCUUAAUCGUAUGGUUCUCGCCUCUGACUCCGAUGAAGCCUUGCUGCAUAGGAGGAUUGCUCAAUUGAAAGAACACGAGUGUCAAGUAGCAGUUCAAGAUGUCAUGUACAUGCUCAUUUUCUACAGAUUUUCUGAGAUCAGAGUUAAUUUGGUACCCAAGCUGUCUAGAUGUGUUUAUAAUGGAAGACUAGAAAUUUGGCCAUGCAAGGACUGGGAACUGGAGUCCAUUUAUGAGUUAGAGGUCCUGGAGAUGAUUAAAGAGCACAUAACCACAGUGAUCGGAUUGAGAGCAGAUUCGAGUGUCACGGACAAUUGGGCUAUGACGAACAUUAGACAAGCGCAUCUGGGGCGUGUUUACGUGGCCUCGAUCUUAUAUGGCUACUUCUUGAAGUCAGCUUUAUUGAGGCAUCACCUGGAGCAAAAACUAGCCAUACCAAACACACACCGUAAUGGUACUCAGAAAACGCUCCUUCAGUUCCCUGAGAUGUGUCUUUAUGGAUUUCGAAACCUCCUCUCGGGUCGUCUUAGCGACAUGCUAUCCGUGCCACAGCCCCAAGUGUUGAACAGCAACCAGGAGACAGAGCCAGAGAAGCUAAAGCGUUUCUUAACAGGGUUCGACUCCGAAGCGUUACAGAGAUGUGCAAAGCUGAAAUCCAAGGAAGCCUUGAACCUGAUCGAAAACCAUAGCUGCGCAUUGCUCGGAAACGACGAAGCUGGUUUCUUCGAGAGCGAUGAGGUGUUUGUGACUUCAUUUGCAAGCUUGAAGAGAUUGGUUUUGGAGGCAGUUGCUUUUGGUUCGUUCCUUUGGGAUGCAGAGGAGUAUGUGGACACCAUAUAUAAGCUUAAGGAGAACUAAUCAGCCGCCAAAUUUCAAGGGCGUUCCCGCUCCUAAUCUAUUUUCAGUCAAGCCUCAACGCCCUAUAAUCUUUCUGUCCAAGACUGACUUUGUCUUCAUACCGAAAAAGCAACCAACUUGAUAAGCCAACAGAUCCGACGCAUAGCUGCUUUGUGUGUAUGCAACCAUCAACCCCGCGUAGCAUCAUUCGACAAUUUAGGUAACCCAAUGUUUCAACAAGGCUCCUCUUAACGGUUUCUUACAUGGUUCAUUUUUUGUGCUUAGACCCAUUGAAGUUUAGCCGCCCGAAAAUGGGGAAAGUGUGAAUACCAUAAACUAAGGGUCAAUCUUAUACACAUUACUCUAAACGAGUUAAAAAUAAGGGAGAAUAUAUGUUUCUUCCGGUUAGCUAAACGGAGUUGAAAACGAGAAUUGUAUUUCCUAUCCCGUCCCUAAACAAAGUUGAAAACGAGAAUUGUAUUUCUUAUCCCGUCCCUAAACAGAGUUGAAAAUGAGAAUUGUAUUUCCUAUCCCGUCCUUA